AUUGUUGCAACCAUGUUUAUUUUAUAUGACUUAUCUCCCUCUGUGAUUUCAGAUAAUCAGACAAAGUGGUAGACAUUACUGAUACAAGCUUGACCAAUCUCAUUUUCUCUGCUUUAAAAAAUGGCUUUAUAAACUAGUAUAAAAUAGCCCAUUACUUAACAAGAAAACUAUAUCAUGAUGGCUAAAUACUUGAAAACAGCACCGAAAUUCAAUCUACUUAGAUAAGUGAAAAGUGAAAGUGAAGUCACCCAGUCGUGUCCGACUCUUUGUGACCCCAUGGACUGUAGCCUACCAGGUUCCUCCAUCCAUGGGAUUUUCCAGGCAAGAAUACUGGAGUGGGUUGCCAUUAAAGGAGAUGCCUAAAGAGUAACCUUGUUGUGGAUUUUCUGAUCUCUUUCAAGUAAGAUUUCUCUAUUGAGUUUUUGGAAACAAAUAUGCUAUAUUUUAAUAAAUUUCCCUCUAAAUAAGAUAGGCAAAUUGUUUUUUCCCCUUGUCAAAAGCACUUUUAGGUAGUCUUGCAUGGUUUGGACCUUACUAUUGGUUUGAGAUGUUAAAAAAUAAUGGUUUUCAUAUUAAUGUACUAUUUAGGAUCAAAGAUUGUAGAAUAUUAGUAGUCUUUGAGGGUCUAUAAAGAAUUGGUGGAUAUUUCCAAACUGAAUGGUAUUUGGAGUGUUUAACAGAAGUUAGAAAUUCCUAGAAAAAUUCUUUCUUACCUAGUAGAAUAAUAGGUCCCACAGUAGAAUUUUCUGCAACCCUAUGGACUGUAGCCCACCAGGUUCCUCUGUCUAUGGGAUUUUCCAGGCAAGAAUACUAGAGUGGGUUGCCAUGCCCUUCUCCAAGGGAUCUUCCCAAUCCAGGGAUCGAACCUGCAUCUCUUCUGUCUCCUGCAUUGGCAAGCAGGCUCUUUACCACUAGUGCCACCUGGGAAGAAGCCCAUUAUGACAUUAAUUAUAUUCAAAAACACUGACAAUGUAAAAUAUGUUCUUAAAAGAUGUACAACUUAUUUGUAGAUUCACUAGAGCUUUGCUAUUAUGUUCUUUCUUUAUUAUAAUAUAUUCCUUUACUUAUAGGAACCAAGGCAUUUUGCUAUUUAAUGAAAAAACAUUUUAUGCCAUUCUGAAUUAUUUCAAAUUACUAUUCAUAUGAGCAUAGAAAAAAAGCCAUUUGAGAACAUGCUGCCUUGUUUAUACAGCUCCUAUAAUGAAGAAGGAUGUCAGCAAAGCUGGCGGCUUCUAUAUUAGGAGGAAAAUCCAUCCACCAGAAUUUUAAAAUUAAUUGUGACUUAUUCAUUGAUCUAGUCAACAAAUACUCGUUGAGCAUCUACAGGAAUGCUCUGCCAGUAACUGUUCUCAAUGUUAGUGAGUGUAAAGGUGAACAAAACAAAGUUCUCAAACUCAAUGAUGUCACAAAAAAGAAACUAUGUACAUACCUGCUUUAUAAGACAAUGACCAAUGCUAGGGAAAAAGAGAAGGGUAAGAGAGAUGGGAAGUGCCCUCAUAUGCAUUUUCGCAUACUUUGUAAAGUUUCAUAAAAUCCUAAUGCUCUGACCUUAUGUAUAAUAGGUAUUAUAAACUGGACUUAAAUGGUAGCUUUUUCCUUUAUGUGAUUCAAACAAUGGAAACCACAAUUCUGGCACAUAGGGUACACAGAAUUUUAAAGCAUGUAUAGAGGAAUUUCUUCUGUUUCGUGGAGAGACUUUUAAUAAAUCACAUGGGCUUUUAUUGUUAUUUUUACAAGACGAAUAUGACUGAUCAUCAUUAAGUGUCCUUUCACUUCUAAGUUCUCUUCAAAGCACCUCACCUAGACAGCAGAUUCUAGAAGGUAGGGACAAUGUCUGGAUUGUUUAUUGAUGUAUUUCAGAACCUAGUACAUAUAUAUCAAUCAUAUUUACUUGAAUGAUGUAUGAAUAAUUAUGAUUGCCUGGUUUUCUGAUUAUAUACUCUUCCCCAAAACAUUUUCAAGCUUCUAAUAGCCUUUUAGAUUAUUUUAUAGAGAGAAUACAAUUGUAGCAAUUAUUUUCGAAGACAACGCAUGGUGGCGCUCCAGGCUAAGGCGUCGAAAAAAUAUGCCCAGGAAAUGCUACCAAUUUUACAUCAGCUCUCCAGCGGAAGCGAAAAGACUGUAAUGUAAGCAAAGCUCACAAGUCUCCAGAAAAUGCUACUCACAGACAUUUCCGGACAGGUUACCAACUGGGAGAACCAUCACAUUCUCAGUCACAUCGCUCCCUAAAAUAGAGCUGGCCUUGAUCCUGGAAAGGCAUUUGUGGAAGUAAAGAUGGAGGCUGGAGGGGAGCGUUUUCAUCAACAAAGGCAAGUCCUGAUUCUCUUUCUUUUGCUGGGAGUGACUUUGGCAGGCUGGGAAUCCCGUCGCUAUUCCGUGAUGGAGGAAACAGAGAGCGGCUCGUUUGUGGCCAACCUUGUCAAGGACUUGGGGCUCGGAGUGGGGGAGCUAGCUGCGCGGGAAGCCCGGGUGGUCUCCGAGGAUAACGAACCCCGGUUGCAGCUCGAUCUGCAGACUGGGAAGUUGACAUUAAAUGAGAAACUGGACCGGGAGGAGAUGUGCGGCCCUACAGAUCCAUGUGUAAUGCAUUUUCAAGUGUUACUGAAAAAACCAUUGGGAGUAUUUCGAGCUGAGCUACUGGUGAGAGACAUAAACGAUCAUGCUCCUGAGUUUCCUGAAAGAGAAAUGACUUUGAAAAUCCCAGAGAACAGCCCUCCUGGGACAGUGUUUCCUCUGAAAAAAGCUCAGGAUUUGGACGUGGGCAACAACAACAUCCAAAACUACAGUAUCAGUCCCAAUUCUUAUUUCCAUGUUUCCUCCCGCAAUCGGGGGGAUGGUAGGAAAUACCCAGAGCUGGUGCUGGACCGAGAGCUUGAUCGGGAGAAGCAGGCCUUGCUCAGAUUAACCCUCACAGCGCUGGAUGGCGGCUCUCCGCCUCGAUCUGGUACCACCCAGGUCAGAAUCUUGGUCUUGGAUAUCAAUGACAACGCCCCUGAGUUUGCGCAGGCCCACUACCAGGUGCAGGUCCUGGAGAACAGCCCCGUAGGCGCCCUCGUUGUCAAAGUUUCUGCUAGAGAUUUAGACAUUGGGACAAAUGGAGAGGUAUCAUAUUCUCUUUUUUAUAGUUCUCAGGAGAUAAGCCCAACUUUUGAGCUAAACAGCCUUUCGGGAGAAGUUCGCCUAAUUAAAAAACUCGAUUUUGAGACAGUAUCCUCAUAUGAUCUGGAUAUAGAUGCAUUUGAUGGCGGGGGACUUUCUGGAAAAUGCUCUGUCUCCAUUGAGGUGGUGGAUGUUAAUGAUAAUGCCCCAGAACUAACUAUUUCAUCACUUACCAGCCCCAUUCCUGAAAACUCCCCUGAGACUGAAGUGGCCCUGUUUAGGAUUCGAGAUCGAGACUCAGGGGACAACGGAAAGAUGACUUGCUCCAUCCAGGAUGAUCUCCCCUUUAUUCUGAAACCAUCUGAAGAGAAUUUCUACACGCUGGUAACAAAUGGGGCGCUAGACAGAGAAAGCAAAGCUGAGUAUAAUGUCACCAUUACUGUCACCGACUUGGGGACACCGAGGUUGAAAACGGAGCACAACAUAACCGUGCUGGUGUCCGACGUCAACGACAACGCCCCCGCCUUCACCCAGACCUCCUACACCCUCUGGGUCCGCGAGAACAACAGCCCCGCCCUGCACAUCGGCAGCGUCAGCGCCACAGACACAGACGCGGGCGCCAACGCCCAGGUCACCUACUCGCUGCUGCCGCCCCCCGACCCGCUCGUGCCCCUCGCCUCCCUCGUGUCCAUCAACCCCGACAACGGCCACCUCUUCGCCCUCACGUCCCUGGACUACGAGGCCCUGCGAGCCUUCGAGUUCCGCGUGGGCGCCUCCGACCACGGCUCGCCCGCGCUCAGCAGCCAGGCGCUGGUGCGCGUGCUCGUGGCGGACGCCAACGACAACGCGCCCUUCGUGCUCUACCCGCUGCAGAACGCCUCGACGCCCUGCACCGAGCUGGUGCCCAGGGCGGCCGAGCCGGGCUACCUGGUGACCAAGGUGGUGGCGGUGGACGGCGACGCGGGCCAGAACGCCUGGCUGUCGUACCAGCUGCUCAAGGCCACGGAGCCCGGGCUGUUCGGCGUGUGGGCGCACAACGGCGAGGUGCGCACGGCGCGGCUGCUGAGCGAGCGCGACGCGCCCAAGCAGCGGCUGGUGGUGCUGGUCAAGGACAACGGCGAGCCGCCGCUGUCGGCCAGCGUCACGCUGCACGUGCUGCUGGUGGACGGCUUCUCGCAGCCCUACCUGCCGGCCCCGGAAGCGGAAGCGGCGGCCGCGGCGCCGGCCGACCCGCUCACCGUCUACCUGGUGGUGGCCUUGGCGUCGGUGUCGUCGCUCUUCCUCUUCUCGGUGCUGGUGUUCGUGGCGGUGCGGCUGUGCAGGAGGGGCGGGGCGGCCUCGGCGGGCCGCUGCCCGGUGCCCGAGGGCCACUUCCCUGGCCACCUGGUGGACGUCAGCGGCACGGGGACCCUGUCCCAGAGCUACCAGUACGAGGUGUGUCUGACUGGAGGUACUGGGACAAAUGAGUUCAAAUUCUUGAAGCCUGUCUUACCCAGUAUUCUAGAAUCAAACUUUGAAAGGAAAUCAGAAGGAAGUCCAACCUUCCAGAAUCGUUUAGGCAUCUGAAACUUCUCCAACUGCGUACAUUAGUUUUAUCUCGUACACCUUUCCCUUUUUUAAAAGUGAAAGUGAAGUCGCUCAGUCGUGUCCGUCUCUUUGAGAUCCCAUGGACUGUAACCUACCAGGCUCCUCCGUCCAUAGGAUUCUCCAGGCAAGAGUACUGGUGUGGGUUGCCAUUUCCUUCUCCAAGGGAUCUUCCCGACCCAGGGAUCGAACCGGGUCUCCCGCAUUCCAGGCAGACGCUUUAACCGCUGAGCCACCAGGGAAGCCCCUUCCCUUUUUUAACCUGGUAGUAAUAAUUCUACUUGUCUUUCUUCUUUUCAAAGUUUUUCAUAGUAAUGCUAAUCUUCGUUUUGUUGGCCUGUUUGCCCUAUAAUUAGUUUUCCAAUUAUUGUUAGUAAAAUUUUAUAUCAGGGAAGUUCAUACUACUGGUUAAAUUUUUAGUAUUUAUUUCUAAAUGAUAAUAUGAAAGCCUCUCAGAAUAAAAGUAAUUCUAACUUUAAAAAGUUCUUUUCUCACUGUAUAUAACACUAUGUAAAAACGUCUGACUCAUUUUAUCAUAUUUCAUUUUUUUAUUACUGGAAGGUUUUAAGUUUUUGUUAUUUACACAACUAUGACUUUUCUAUAACGCCUCUUCUGUUUGGAAUGGUAUUAAUUUAUAUUUGUGUGCUGUGCUGUGUGCUGUACUAAGUCGCUUCAGUCAUGUUCCACUCGUCGUGACCCUAUGGACUAUACCUGCCAGGUUCUUCUGUUACCUAUGUCCAAUUUUUUCCAAGCUCUGUUUGGAUUUUUGUUUUAUCAGUAGAUAGCCACAUGUAUAACUUCCUAUUUAUUUCAAAAUCACUCUUGUAAUCAUUGGACUUUCACUUUAAAAUACAUGUUAUCUCAUGAAGGUAUAUCUUUUUCAUCUAUUCUGUUCUAAUUUAAUGUUGAAGACUUUUAAGUUCUUCCUUAUAUCUAACUGAAGUCAUGAUCCUGUUAAGAGUUUAAUGAUACCCACAAUGACUAAUGAGUUCUCUUUUUUAAAAAAAAUUAUUCUUAACUAGAGGAUAAUUGGAGAAGGCAAUGGCACCCCACUCCAGUACUCUUGCCUGGAAAAUCCCAUGGACAGAGGAGCCUGGUAGGCUGCAGUCC